UUCGCCGGUCGACGACGGAGCUUCACUACUGUCAGAAUGGUUCGAGCAAGCUGCGUCCUAGCGAGCUGCGCGCUGGUGGGGCUUUUCCUGGCGGUGCCGGCGGCGUCUUACCCCAGGUAUCAAAACAACUACUACCGCAACGACGGCCCUUACGACCCUGAGGAAAUCAUGGACAUGCUGAACCGCCUCGGAAACCUCAUCCAGAUGGAACGCAAAAUGGAGAACUUUAAAGACGACAUUACUAGUUAUAAAGAUGACAUUACUAGCGAGAAACGCGCCAUAGACCUGGGUCUCAGCCGCGGCUACUCCGGCGCCAUGCAGGCCAAGCAUCUGCUCGGCCUCGCGGCGGCCAACUACGAGGGUGGCCCCGGCCGGAGGCGGCGAGACGCGCACUAGACGGAGGCCUAGAGGCCCGCUGCGGAAGACCUCGUGUGACGCGCUGCUAUUGUUUACCUAGUUUACAAGUUUUAAUUUAGUACCUCUGAGACCAUAGCCAAUGUGACAAUUAAUAAGAAGUGUAGAAAAUUUAUCUAAUUUACGGCUUAGCUCAUUUUUUUAGUGCUACAACGGCGUGCGGCUGUCAUGACCGGUGCUUACGCACUGUUAGUGCUUAAAAAUUGAGACCUUAGGCUCUCCGAAAAAUGUCACGCAAAUGACUAAAAAUACGUGUGUUGAAGCAUAAAAUUAUCUAAAUUUUAGUAUGUCUCACGACUGUUUCAAUUCGAUUAAAAGUCGAAAUGUAAAAAUAUAUAGGGAUGACAGAUUCUGAUGCGACGAAGUCAUGCCAUCAAUGCCAUCACUUCCAUAUAUGUAUUAUUUAAAUUGGAUUGGCGUCUUCUAUAAUUGGCACUUGGCUAGGCUAAUGAUUGUUUUGAAAUGUUACUGUUGUUCUAGUCAUGAUCAAGUUACUUUAUGUUGCUUAUUUUUACCAACUGUAAUUAAUUUAGGUAUUUUAAUUAGUCUGAUUGAUAUUUUUUUGUUUACAAUCAAAUUAGGUACCUACCUACGCUAUUGAAUUUCGUAAACUUUGUUGUUUAUUUUAUAAUGUUACUUUUGAUUUAGUCAUAUUAUUUUUAAUGUACGUUUGCCCGUUAUUACCUACAUUAUCUUGUUUACUUUAUCUUUAUCUAAGAUUGCGAAAUAUGUUUUAUAUACUUUCAAAUACAGCUAUUUUUAUUUUUAUUUUAAAAUAAUCAUAAUCUUGUAAUAUGAUCACUAUUUUUUACUCUACUCCUAAUGGUGUUUUGGGUGUCAUAACAACAGUACCAAAUGUCAUGUUACCACUUUUUAUGACAUCCAUAACUAACGUAUUAUAACUAUAUUUUCAUAGGGAUGUCACAUGGGGUCUUAAAACUAUAUCCGAUCGAAACUCCUAUCUAUAUAACAGUAUAUAUCCUAGGCCUCUCCAUAACUUUUUCACUGUAAAAUGGCUGGUAAAACAUUGAAUAUCAUCUUUGUAGAUAUCACUCUCUUUAGUAAAUUGAUAUCCUAUAAAAUAAAUAUAUUAAUACGAAAACAUGACGCAAUAAAUGCACAAAGCUUUGUAUGUUAGUUACCAAAUGUGCAUAAUAACCUUGAUUGGCCUUUAAAAAUUUUAUAAAUAUUUUCAAUUCCCUUUUGUUUUAAAUCUCUUUUUGUUAUCGGUAAUUAGAAUCCGAUGGCGUAUAUUUUUAUUUUAAUAUUUUAAUCAUAUUUUAUGUUAAUAAAUACGGUUCGCAGUAUCGAUGGUUUAAUUUGUAAGAAUUAUGAUUUGGUGGAAAAAAAACAGUAUUAAACGUUCUAGUCAUUGAAUUUCCUUGCAAAUUUGUUUUUAUUAUAAAUAAGAGUACUUACCCAUCAUAAGUAUAACUUAUUUACCUACCCGUUUCUUUACCUACCUACUUACCCAUAAUGUAAGAAGUAAUUCUAUCUUUCUGAAUGUACGUGGCAAAUUAUUUAGUAAAUAGUUAGAUAGAUUAAUAAAAUAAGUGAUAAAAUACCUCCUGUCUAGAGUUUAUUGUUAAAAAUAAAGAUAUUCAUAUUAACGUUGCUGUGUUUGCAUUAUUCUUUGACAAAUUAUACGCAAUAUUAAAAUAUUAAGCUAUACAUUAACAAUAUCUUUGAUGCA